CUUUCUUGUUCCAAGAUUAAGUUUUUCUAGUUGCUUUGCUUAUUUUUUCAUGUGGGGUGUUCAUCAAAUUCCAAGAUUGCAGCUUUAUUAUUAUCACCUCAUUUUUUUCAUUAGUGGUGCCUCUUUGUUGCUGAAACUGAGGUUUUUGGUUAAUGCUUUGUUAAAUAUUUCUCUGCCUCUCUGGAUAUAGCCAGGAGAUUUGCUAGUGGCUUGCGUGAUAUUGUAGAUAACCAUGGCUACCUCAAAUGGAGUCAUUUAUUAUUCAGCCAAAUCACCUCAACACCCGAAGAUUCACACCCACAGUCAAGGGAUUGAACUUAGCAAACACAACAGAUAUUCUCCUAUUCCAAGACUGAAGUUUUCUAAUAGAGGGUUCUGGGAGGUGUGCGGAAAAUUAAGCAACCGAGUCAUCUUCAGGGGAUCUCCCGUGUUAUGUCGCUCAACAGAAACACCUGAUACUGAGACAAAAGAUUUUUCCAGAAACAGUGGUGAUUAUUCCAACAUAUCUAGUGUACAAGAAGAUGAUCAUGCAAUCACAGUUGGAAGAGUUAUUCCUUCGAGUCAGGCGAUUGCUGAAGCUUGUAAAUUUGCUUACAACGAUGCCAAAUUUGUGAAUGAAAGGGCUAAGAAUGAUAUCGUGCUGCUUUCUCGGGAAAUAAUGAGGAUGGAUGCCCGUGCGCGCCAAGAUGUUGCAUUUCUUGGUUCAGAGUUUCUUAAGCUUGAUGCUCGGGCACGGGAAGAUACUGAGAAAGUUGAUCAUGAUGUCAAGAAAAGAGCCGAAAGAAUCCAUCAUGUUGCCACAAUUCUUAAAAACAAAGCUCAAUCGGGACUGAAGAAAGCUGCCGAUCGACACUGGAGCGAUGGUGCCUUGGAGGCUGAUUUAAGACGUGCUGAUUUUGUGGCAAAACAACGCGCAAUGGAAGACUCUCUGAUGGCUUUGGAGUUUGUCAAGAACAUUCAUGAUAGGAUGGUGGGCAAAAUGUACAAAUUGAAAAGAAGUUCAGUAGAUUCAGAGAAAACAAGGCAUAUUACACUUGAGAAGAAUGGGAAAACUCUAGAGUUUCUUCCUGGGGAAGUUUCUGCUGAUCGCAUCACUGCUAUCCAGGAAGCUUAUUUGGAUAUAGCAUCAGCACUUUCCGAAGCUGAUGGAAUUGACUAUACUGAUCCAGAAGAGCUCGAGUUGUUGGUUGCAACACUAAUAGAUCUUGAUGCAAUGGAUGGUAAAAGUAGUGUAUCAUUGCUUGCUGAGUGUUCAAGUUCUCCUGAUGUAAAUACGAGGAAAGCAUUAGCAAAUGCACUCUCAGCUGCACCGUCAAUGUGGACUCUGGGAAACGCUGGCAUGGGAGCGUUGCAGAGACUGGCGGAAGAUGACAACCCGGCCAUUGCUGCUGCUGCAUCAAAAACCAUUCUCGAAUUGAAAAGACAGUGGGAAAUAGGAGAGGGAGAUAGCUGGAGGUUAAUGGUGGAGGAAGAGUCACCCGACGAUGAAGGGAGCUAAGACGACAACUGGACAUAUUAGAACAUGAGCGCUCGUAACUCAAUACUGUAGAUAUCUAGAUGAAUGGACUAAUUGAUAUUUUGGAGUCCUGUGAAAAAUAGUUCAUAAGCUCUACUUACAUUAGAAAAAGAAACAAAAAUAUCCUAAAUGAUAUUCAUCCUUUCAUGUAGCUUGUUGUCUCUUUGGAUCUUUGAUAUUUAUGUACAAGAAGUCUAAAGCAACACUUUAUUCUUCUUAUACAGGGCAGAUUUCAGAUAAAUAUUUUGUUCUGGUGAA